AUGAUGGUGCCUUCACUGGCUUCUGGAACUGCUGCCACCACGACGGCCGAAACCAAAGCUGCAGCAGAGCUGACCAGCUUGUCUUGGAGGAAGUUGAUGAGGAUCCGAGCCUUUUCAAGGGUGAGGUUGGAGAUUUCGGGGUCGAGCUUCUCGAAAUUCUCAGGGGCUACGACGGCCGCAAGAGGGACGGGGUUAAAGGCCUCUCAAUCUUAUUAUUUCAGCUUGCCUCUCUUUAUAUCAAAGAUUUAUGUUAUUUGGUAG